CUCGGGAUCUCGAACUUCUGUUUGAUUUUGUGCGCAAACACACUCUAGUUUUUGGCCCACGUGUUUUUGACCGCAAUUUUAUCCCAACACACCUCCAUUCUUGCUUCCACCACCGUCAUUCGAAACCAGUUCCAUCAAUGCGAGUUUACCAAAUUACCCCGCAGAGAACCCCAUUUUCCCCCCAUUAAAAUGCCUCUCUUCGAUUUGGUAGUUGAAGUUAUCACCGGAAUCAUCAAUCGGAGCUGCAAUUCCGGCGAUCUGCCACUUGGACGCCGAAGCGUCGUCGUUUGGUGCAGUUGAGGUUUGAAAAUCACCAGAAUCAUCUAUCGGAGCUGUAAUUCCGGCCAUCGGCGAUCGGAAAGCACUUCCUUUGUGGCUUUUCUAUUUAAUCUUCUACACCGAAUUGGAAUAUUUUGAAGAAGUAUUGAGACAGUAAAAUGGAUGUGGUGGCGGUAAAAGAAGAUAGGACCGUUGACGUGUUUCUAAGAAACUACAAGCUGGGAAGAACUCUUGGAAUUGGGGCAACUGGAAAAGUAAAAAUUGCACAACAUAAAUUAACUGGACAUAAAGUUGCCAUUAAGAUCCUCAAUCGUCACAAGAUAGCCAAGAUGGGUUUGGAAGAUAAAGUAAGAAGAGAGAUUAAAAUAAUGAAGUUGUUUAUGCAUCCUCACAUCGUACAACUAUAUGAAGUUAUAGAGACACCAACUGAUACCUAUGUAGUAAUGGAGUAUGUCAAAAAUGGAGAACUCUUUGAUUAUAUUGUGGAGAAGGGUAGGUUGAAGGAAGAUGAAGCUCGUAGGCUUUUCCAGCAGGUAAUAUCUGGAGUGGAGCACUGUCACAGAAAUAUGAUAGUUCAUCGAGAUCUUAAGCCUGAAAAUGUGUUAUUGGAUUCUGAAUUGAAUGUAAAGAUAGCUGAUUUCGGUUUUAGCAAUGUCAUGUAUGAUGGGCAUUUCCUCAAGACAAGUUGUGGGAGUCCUAACUAUGCUGCUCCUGAGGUUAUUAGUGGGAAAUUGUAUCCCGGGCCUGAAGUAGACAUAUGGAGCUGUGGGGUUAUAUUGUAUGCUCUUCUUUGUGGUUUUCUUCCAUUUGAUGAUGAAAACAUUCCCAUCCUUCGUUAUAAAAUAAAGAAUGGAGUGUAUAAUCUUCCAAGGCACUUAUCAACUGAGGCAAAGGACUUGAUCGCAAGGAUACUUGUAGUUGAUCCACUAAGACGAAUAACAAUACCACAAAUAAGGCAACAUCCAUGGUUUCAAGCUCAUCUUCCUCGCUAUUUAGCCCUCAAACCAAUCUCUAUUACCCAACAAGUUCAAAAGAUUGACGAGGAUGUUCUCCAAAGAGUGGUUAUGAUGGGAUUUAACAGGAAUAAGUUGGUUGAGUCUCUUCAUAAUAGAACUAAAAAUGAGGCAACGGUCACUUACUAUUUACUAGUAGGCGAUCGGUCCCCUAUUUCUGGUGGCUAUCUUGGUGCUGAGUUCCAUGAAUUAAUGGAACCUAACAAUAUGAGUCCAAAUGUUGCCACGUGUCACUCAAAUUUCAUUCAUUCAAAUGUUGCCACGUGGCCUUCUUUUGGAGUUAUGGGCCUCACCCCUCAGAUUCCAGUUAAUGGGAAAUGGGCUCUUGGAUUACAGGCUAAAGCAAACCCACGUGAUAUAAUGAUAAAAGUGCUAAAAGUGCUACAAGAGCUGAAUGUGUGUUGGAAGAAGAUUGGAGAUUACAACAUGAAAUGUAAGCUAACACAAGAGACUCCAUCCCAUUUCCAACCCACCAUCAUGCCCACUCAUGGUCUUGUUACUAUAUUGCAAAAUGUGGUCAAGUUUGAAGUUCAGCUUUACAAAAUGCAAGAGGAGAAGUAUCUGCUUGAUCUGCAGAGGAUUCAAGGCCCUCAGUUUCUAUUCUUGAACCUUUGUGCUUCCUUCAUUUCCCAACUUCGAGUCGUUUAAAGUAACAGAAAUUUUGUAUUGUUUUUCGUGCUCUAUUUACAUAAGGUGGAAGUUCAAUUGGGACAAUCCAACCAGAUUUGAUGGAAAAAAGAUGUGAAGCUUGUUUGAGGCUUGAACUCGUUAGCUUUAUAAUGCCUAAAUGAUCAGUCGGACAUUAUUAUAUUCU